CUAAGCUGAAAGGGUUCAUUGUGUCGGGUACUGAAUGGAGACUUUGCUGUUUAAUGUGUGGAUGUCGAACUCCGUCUGUUGUAGCCACGGGCAGGAUUAACUAGCCAGCUCGCCGCACACAACCGCGCACGGCCGUGUGCGAAUCAUGCACACUAUCGCAAAUAGCGCAGACUGGGAGUGGAGCGUUUAUUGUGCGCGAUACGGGUAGGGAUGCGGUGGUGGUGAUCCGCUGUGAACCUGUGCAUUGUUCCACCGUGGAAAGAUGAAUGGAGAGGCCGACAAAAAUCACGGAUUAACAAUGUAGUAGUGCUUUUGUGGGAGUCACGCAUUGGAUAUCACGUUCUGCAGAUUUCUGAUUUCGCAUCCGUGGGAAGUGACCAGACUUUAAUGUGAUUGUGACAUUCAUUCAUCGUGGAUUUCUCCACUCGACUUGUAUUUUCUGGAGGAAUCGGUGGGAAAACGUGUUUAGGUUAUUGUAACUGAGGAAAACAGCGGACAAUAACAUGGGGAACGCGGAGAGUAUGGAUGCUCAGCUCACCGACUUCAGGGCGAGGAACAAGCCCCCCAAACUACCUAUGCCAGACCCUGCAGAAUUGGAGGAGAGAUUCGCAAUUGCCUUGAAUUCAAUGAAUCUGCCUCCUGACAAGGUGAGACUACUGCGGCAGUACGACAAUGAGAAGAAAUGGGAGCUGAUAUGUGAUCAGGAGCGUUUUCAGGUGAAGAACCCCCCACACACAUAUAUCCAGAAGCUCCGAAGCUUUCUGGAUCCUGCUGUUACCAGGAAGAAAUUUCGGCGGAGAGUGCAGGAGUCGACCCAAGUGCUCCGCGAGCUGGAGAUCUCCCUGCGAACCAAUCACAUCGGCUGGGUGAGAGAAUUCCUGAAUGAGGAGAAUAAGGGUCUGGACGUGCUGGUGGAGUAUCUGUCCUUCGCUCAAUAUGCUGUCACGUUUGAUGGUGAUGCUCCGGAGGGCAAUCCGGAGGUUUCUGUGGAGACUCCAUGGAGUCGAUCCAUUGAGGAUCUCCAUGGUGACAGUAACCUUCCCUCUCCAGUUAGUGGCAGCAACAUACCUCGCUCCACCCGUCACUCUUUGAGUAGGUCCAACACCCUGCCAAGCCGCAGGACACUGAAGAACUCCAGACUGGUGUGUAAGAAGGACGACGUGCAUGUGUGCAUCAUGUGCCUGAGGGCCAUCAUGAACUACCAGUACGGUUUUAAUAUGGUCAUGUCCCAUCCACACGCUGUGAACGAAAUUGCUCUGAGCCUCAACAAUAAAAAUCCCAGGACUAAGGCUCUGGUGCUGGAGCUGCUGGCCGCUGUGUGUCUAGUGCGUGGGGGUCAUGAGAUAAUCCUGGCUGCCUUCGACCACUUCAAGGAGGUGUGCUCUGAGUCGCAGAGGUUUGAGAAACUAAUGGAGCAUUUUAAGAAUGAGGACAACAACAUUGACUUCAUGGUUGCCUGCAUGCAGUUCAUCAACAUAGUUGUGCACUCAGUUGAGGAUAUGAACUUCAGAGUGCAUCUGCAGUAUGACUUCACCAAGCUCUCACUGGACGAGUAUCUAGAGAGGCUGAAGCACACGGAGAGUGAUAAGCUGCAGGUGCAGAUCCAGGCCUACCUGGACAACCUGUUCGACGUGGGCACACUGCUGGAGGAUGCCGAGACCAAGAACGCAGCGCUGGAGCGUGUUGAGGAGCUGGAGGAGAACGUGUCUCAGCUGACCGAUAAGCUUCUGGACACUGAAAAUGAGGCCAUGUCCAAGAUCGUGGAACUGGAGAAGCAGCUGAUGCAGAAGAACAAGGAGCUGGAGUCCACUCGAGCCGUGUACCGAGACGCCAGCUCACAGGUGCACACGCUGCGGCGGAUGGUGCGCGAGAAGGACGAGGCCAUCCAGCGGCAGAGCCGUCUGGAGAAGAAGCUGACGGAGCUGGAGCGCCGCAGCAGCCUGCAGAUCACCCAGCGGGGCGAGGGCGACGGCGAGGGCGGAGACUCCAGUGGCAGUGAGGGCGGUGCCUCCACCUCCUCCAUCGCCUCCUCCUCCUCAGCCGCCGCCACCUGUGCCGCCACCUCCUCCACCUUGCUCCCCUCCCCGCCACCCUCCCUGCACGCACUCAUGACGUCCCCAGUGCCGGAAUGUUCCGGAUUAGGGGGAGCGGGUGGAAUGGGGCUGUACGGUCCUGGUGAAAGUGGAGGGCUGCCGCAGGGCGCUCAUGGAGGCAGACUGACCCCUGGUCCUCCGCCACCUCCACCACCUCCUCCACCACCUCCACCCAUGCCUGGCUCCGGGGGGAUGCCCAUACCCUCAUUUGGUCAGAUCGUACAAAACGGGCCGUCAGCAGCUGCUGCUGCACCUCCUCCACCACCUCCUCCUCCUCCUCCCCCUCCUCCACCUCUCUCUGGCCACUUGGAGAUCUCUGCUCCCCUGCCUCCCCCUCCUCCCCCCAUCGCACCCCCUCUUCCUGGCUGUGGUUCCCCCACGGUCAUCUUCAACUCUGGACUCACAGCCGUUAAGAUCAAGAAGCCCAUCAAGACCAAGUUCCGGAUGCCAGUGUUCAACUGGGUCGCCCUUAAACCCAACCAGAUCAAUGGCACUGUCUUCAAUGAGAUUGAUGACGAGCGCAUUCUGGAGGACCUGAACGUGGAUGAGUUUGAGGAGAUGUUCAAGACCAAGGCCCAGGGUCCGGCAGUGGACAUGACCUUGAGCAAGCAGAAGGCCCCACAGAAGGGGCCCAACAAGGUGUCCCUGCUGGAGGCCAACAGGGCCAAGAACUUGGCCAUCACCCUGCGCAAGGCAGGCAAGAGUCCAGAGGAGAUCUGCAAGGCCAUCCACACGUUCGACCUGCGCACGGUGCCCCUGGACUUUGUGGAGUGCCUGAUGCGCUUCAUGCCCACGGAGGCGGAGGUGAAGAUGCUGCGUCAGUACGAGCGCGAGCGGCGGCCCCUGGACGGCCUGACGGACGAGGACCGCUUCAUGAUGCUCUUCAGCAAGAUCGAGCGGCUGCCGCAGCGCAUGAGCAUCAUGGCCUUCAUGGGCAACUUCACCGACAGCAUGCAGAUGCUCACACCGCAACUUCAUGCAAUCAUUGCUGCUUCAGUCUCCAUCAAGUCUUCGCAGAAGCUGAAGAAAAUUCUGGAGAUCAUCCUGGCCCUGGGGAACUACAUGAACAGCAGCAAGAGGGGAGCUGUCUACGGAUUCAAACUACAGAGUCUGGAUCUGCUGCUGGAGACCAAGUCCACGGACAGGAAGCUGACUCUGCUGCACUACAUUGCCAACGUGGUGAAGGAGAAGUACCCCGUUGUGUCUCUCUUCUACAACGAGCUGCACUACGUGGAGAAAGCUGCCGCCGUGUCCCUGGAGAACGUGCUGCUGGACGUGCGAGAGCUGCAGAGGGGCAUGGACCUGACGCGCCGCGAGUACAGCAUGCACGGACACAACUCCCUCCUCAAGGACUUCGCCCACCACACAGAGGGUCGCCUCAAGAAGCUGCAGGAUGAUGCUCGCAUUGCCCAGGACGCGUUUGAUGAUGUGGUGAAGUUCUUUGGAGAGAGUGCCAAGACCAUGCCACCUUCCGUCUUCUUCCCCGUGUUUGUUCGGUUUGUCAAGUCUUACCGGCAAGCGGAUGAGGAGAACGAGCAGAGGAAGAAGCAAGAGCAGAUGAUGAUGGAGAAACUUCUAGAACAAGAGGCCAUGAUGGAGGAGCAAGAGGACCAGCAGUCACCAUCUCACAAGGGCAAGCGUCAGCAGCAGGACCUGAUCACUGAGCUGAGACGCAAACAGGGCAAAGACAGCCGCCACGUCUACGAGGGCAAAGAUGGCGCCAUCGAGGACAUCAUCACAGGUCUGCGCAGCCAGCCCUAUAGACGGAUGGAUGGCAUCCGGAGGAGCAUGAGGAAGAAGUUAGAGGAUCAACUGCUGCAGGCCCUCAGUAUGGAGGUGACCACCUAACUACUGAACACAAACAGGAGGAGGAGAGGAGGGGGCCAGCAGAAUGGUGCUUCUCUCCCUUUCUGAGGGACAUCUCUCAUCAUCUCAUUUUAAAAUCACUGUUUCUGGACUAUUAGCAAGCAGUGAGGAUGUAAUAUAUUUUUUUUUUUGUUGUUUUUAUGGGAUACCUUUGCCUAGUCAGUCUCCAUACCAAGG